AGACGGUCGUGAGGCGAGAGGCGACGGAGGAGGGCGGCUUGUCAGGUGGACGGCGCCGAUGCUGCUGCGGCUCCUGCUCGGCCCGCAAUUUACCUCAGCAACGUUCCCGCCCUCGACAUUUUACCUCAGAGGGAGACCUCUCUGGACAUCCUGAUGCCGAGGCAUGGAUAGGGCAGCAGCGCCGCCGCCGCCGCCGAGGAUGGGCGAGAAGAAGAAGGGCGGCCGGGGCAAGGAGGGCCAGGGCCACGGAGGAAGAGGCGGCGGAGGAGGAGGAGGGAGGCCGGCCUGCGCGGCCCAGCAAUGCGGGCAGCUCCAGGACCUCAUCGACAUCUCCCUCUCCAGCCUCCAGGGCCUCCGCACCAAGUGCGCCGCCUCCAACGACCUCACCCAGCACGAGAUCCGCGCCUUGGAGGUGAAACUGGUCCGCUACAUCGGCAUCCAGCUCCAGUGCAAGUUGAGUGUCCCUCCGAGCGACAGGUCAGCAGAGCUGAAUAGCUACCCAAGGUUCAGCGACUGGCUAUAUCUUGUCAACCUGAGGAAAGACGUUGUGCAAAGGAUACCAGAGGAUUUGACCCUCGAUGCCUUACUGGAAAUGAAUGAGUCCAAAGUGAAAGACACCAUGAAGAGGUGUGGAGCCAGCCCGGAGGAGUGCUCUCGGCUCAAUGGGGCCCUUGCCUGCUUGCGGAAAGUGACCCGGACAGGCGGGGAGUAUAAGGACGAUUUGGUGUGGAAUUCCUCGGAGGUGCGCCGAGAAGCCAGCCUGAUGCCCCCUUCUGAACUCUCCCCUUGCCCCACGGUCCUCACCUGGACGCACGGCAGCCUGGCGCCUUUGAAGGGCAACGGCUCGCAGCCUCGCUCCAUCUCUGUGUCGACGAUCUCCUCUUCGGACAACUGCUCCUCCGGCCAAGGGACCCCUGCCUGUGCGGACAACCUCUUGGAGUCGUUUGCCUUCCCCACCCACUGCGGGAGGCGCAACCUUAGGACUCCUCACAGCAUCACCAUCACGCCCCCCACCACGCCCCAGCUCAAGAGGGGCAAGCCCCCACGCACCCCUCCGCCACCCAGCCGGAAGGUGUUCCAGCUCCUGCCCAACUUCCCAACCCUCACCAGGAGCAAAUCCCACGAAUCCCAGCUUGGCAACAGGAUCGACGAAGUCCCCGCUAUGAAAUUUGAUGUCCCCCAGGGAUCCCCCCAGACGGUACGAAGAGACAUUGGUUUGUCUGUAACACACAGAUUCUCAACAAAGUCGUGGCUGUCUCAGGUGUGCCAGGUCUGCCAGAAAAGCAUGAUGUUUGGAGUGAAGUGUAAACAUUGCAGGUUGAAGUGUCAUAACAAAUGUACAAAAGAAGCCCCACCCUGCAGAAUAUCUUUCUUACCCAUACCGCGAUUACGGAGGACAGAGUCUGUCCCUUCUGAUAUCAAUAAUCCAGUGGAUCGACCUUCAGAACCCCAGUUUGGGACACUUCCGAAAGCACUCACUAAGAAGGAGCACCCCCCAGCGAUAAACCACCUGGACUCCAGCAGCAACCCUUCGUCCACCACCUCUUCCACGCCUUCUUCCCCUGCGCCCUUCCAGUCGUCCAACCCUCCCAGUGCCACACCACCCCCAAACCAGUCUCCCAUGGGGCAGCGGGACAACCGCUUCAACUUCCCAGAAAUUCCCAAUACCCCGCAAGUGAUACAGCCUCCUGAAACUACUGAAUGUACUAAUGCUGCUGAACCUCUAGAGACGGAUGGCGUUGAGGAAUGUGAUGCCGAGCAUGCGGAAGACCAAGAGCCAAACAAGUCGGAAGCGGAAGACGACGAAGACGAGAUCGACGACCUGCCCAGCCGACGGAGCCGCUGGCGAGGGAUGAUUGGCCGCAAGGGAAGCCAGACGAGCGUCUACCUGCAGGAGUGGGACAUCCCCUUUGAGCAGAUCGAACUGGGAGACCCGAUUGGCCAAGGGCGCUGGGGCAAGGUUUACCGGGGCAGGUGGCACGGAGAAGUGGCCAUCCGGUUGUUGGAGAUCGACGGGAACAAUCAGGACCACUUGAAGCUUUUCAAGAAGGAGGUGAUGAAUUACCGACAGACCAGACAUGAGAAUGUGGUUCUCUUUAUGGGGGCUUGCAUGAACCCCCCUCACCUAGCAAUUAUUACAAGUUUCUGCAAAGGAAGGACACUUCACUCAUUCGUAAGAGACCCCAAAAUAUCCCUGGACAUUAACAAGACCAGGCAGAUAGCCCAGGAGAUUAUUAAGGGCAUGGGGUACCUUCACGCAAAAGGGAUUGUGCAUAAAGAUCUCAAAUCCAAGAACAUUUUCUAUGAAAAUGGCAAAGUGGUGAUCACGGACUUCGGCCUGUUCGGAAUAUCUGGUGUCGUUCAGGAGGGACGGCGUGAGAACGAACUGAAGCUGCCGCACGAUUGGCUCUGCUACCUGGCCCCGGAGAUUGUACGUGAGAUGGCUCCUGGGAAGGAUGAAGACAAGCUCCCUUUCUCUAAAGCUGCUGAUGUCUAUGCUUUUGGGACUGUGUGGUACGAGCUCCAAGCCCGAGAGUGGCCGUAUAAGAGCCAGCCGGCAGAGGCUCUGAUCUGGCAGAUCGGGAGCGGUGAAGGCAUGAAGCAGGUCCUCUCUUCAAGCAGCCUGGGGAAAGAAGUCGGCGAAAUCCUCUCCGCCUGCUGGUCUUUCGAUGUCAGCGAGCGGCCCAGCUUCACGCUUCUGAUGGACAUGCUUGAAAAGUUGCCAAAGCUCAACCGGAGGCUCUCUCAUCCGGGACACUUCUGGAAAUCAGCCGACAUUAACAGUAGCAAAGGUGUCAUCCGGUUUGAACGGUUUGCCUUGGGAGAUUUGGAAACGAGUAAUCAAAAGAUAUAACUUGGUGUGUUUUUUAAAAUAGCCGUUGACUCCUAACUGUUGUCCGUGUUGCUUUCACGCCUGGAAAAAGCUACUGGAGACCUCGGCGGACGCUUCCCGAAGCACGGAAGGGGCACCUUGAGCCAUUCCUGCCCCGCCAGCGAGAUCUCACUUCUCUUGUGUUUCUUCUGCCCUCUUCUUGAGUCAGCAAGUUCAUUUUGUUUACAUUCUAAUUCCUUUUUUCCCCCCUGUGUGAAUUGUAUUUUCCAUGGGUAAUAAUAAAUGUGAUAUAAGGUUUUUUUUUAAUUUAUGGAAGUGUUGUAAGCUCGUAUAUCGUUUGGCUUUCACCUGUGAAGAAGUUCUCGGAUAUUUCAGAACAUUUGAAGUGGCGGUUGCACAUUACCGAAGGGCAUGUCUAUGUGAACAAAAAUACCCAAUCAGUUUGACACUGCCGGGUUUCUCCCAGUGAUACUGGGAAUGUUGUGAAGAGGUGCCACCUUGACCGAAAGGUGUUUUCGUUGUCUUCUCUGUGGAGUUUGAAAGCGAUGUGAAACGGAGUGGACGGUCCUCGGAUAACGGACUCCGAUGGUGACUGGAAUUGUUUUGUGGUUUUGUGUUUUGUGACAUGGUUUGAAGCAUGAAAUGUGAUGUAUGGCAUCGAUGUUUGUAUCAUGGUUGAAAAUAUUUUGGAAAACAAGCUUCUACCUCUCAUUAUUUUGGGGGGUUGGGGUGGGACGUCUUGGGGUGGGCACCUGAAAUAGGAUGGUUGUGUCAUUUCCUACACACCUGUGUCUCAGUCCUUCGUAACCACUGUUUUCUCCCCUUCGGGCAUCAUGUAACCUUCUAGCUGCCACUGGACUCCCAGCUACCAAAAUGGUCAGUGGUUGGGGUGAUGGAAGCUAUAGCUGGAGGCCCACAUAUUGCCCACAUUGUCCUGCAUCUGGUUGCUCCAUUUGUCUCCAGCUCCCUGGAGAUGGAUAGAUCACUUGAUGAAAACCAGCUUCUCCCCAAAUCUAAUAAAAAGAGUAGUAGUAGUAGCAAUUUAUUACGGUCUAUGACCAGAAUAUAUGGAAAUGGGCACAGGUGCCCGAAAAGGGGAAUCACAGUUCCCAUAAAAGUCAGAUAAAAGAACAAGUUAAAAACAUGCUAUAAUAAAAACAAAUUAAAAGCAGAUUAUUAGCAGGGUCAGCUAAUAGUAAAUAUGGAUCCACUAAGAGGCUCUGGAGGGGGAUAGAGGGAGCAUUUGCAGUAUUUCAGUUAUAACAGAUUGCUCUGGCUACAGGCCCUGUGGGGUCAGUCAUCGUCCGUCUGAUGGAAAUUGCUGCCGCACAGAACCUGGCGACACUAUAGGUUAUCGCAGAACAGGAGUCAGAGAGCAGCAGAGAGGUGUAGUAUCUUUCAGUGCGGCCUGGAUGUAAUUUAAAAAAAAAAGAGUAAGAAUGUUAAACAGAAAUAUUUUUCACAACUCUGGCUCCAGAUUGUAAGGCGGUUGAGUGCAAUGUCCUCUGAAAGAAUUCAGUUUUGUGUGAAUGGUUCUGCAUAUUUUUUUUUCUGAAUUUUCAAGUCAUAUAACGGAAGGAUGCUAAAGGGGGGCAGUUUAUUCUGAGCCCCAGGAAUAGUCAUAAAAAUGUGUUGUUGAAGGACAGACUGUGAGUUUUUCUGGCCAUGGUCCAGAAGCAUUCUCUCCUGAUGUUUCGCCCACAUCUAUGAUAGACUUUGUGAGGUCUGUUGGAAGCUAGGGAAGGGAAGUUUAUAUAUCUGUGGAAUCCGCAGGGUGGGAGAAAGAACUCUUGUCUGUUGGAGGCAAGUGGGAAUGUUCUAAUAAUUAUAACAUAUUGUAUAUACGUAUAAUUAUUCAUGAUAUUAUAUUGUAAUACGAUAUAAUACUAAUAAUACAAUAUAAGAGUAUUAAUUAUAUACAGUAGAGUCCCACUUAUCCAACAUAAACGGGCCGGCAGAACGUCGGAUAAGCGAAUAUGUUGGAUAAUAAGGAGGGAUUAAGGAAAAGCCAAUUAAACAUCAAAUUAGGUUAUGAUUUUACAAAUUAAGCACCAAAACAUCAUGUUAUACAACAAAUUUGAUGAAAAAAGUAGUUCAAUACACAGUAAUGCUAUGUAGUAAUUACUAUAUUUACGAAGUUAGCACCAAAAUAUCACAAUGUAUUGAAAACAUUGACUACAAAAAUGCGUUGGAUAAUCCAGAACGUUGGAUAAGCUAGUCUUGGAUAAGUGAAACUCUACUGUAAUUAUAACAUAUUGUAUAUACAUAUAAUUAUUCAUGAUAUUAUAUUGUAAUACGAUAUAAUACUAAUAAUAUAUAUAUAUAGAAGAGUGAUGGAAUCACGGCAGCGGACAAAACAACAAAACUAAACACCCCACAACCUCGAAAAUUGACAGCACAACCCCUCAUCCACGCCUCUACAACAAAAAGAAAAGAAAAUAAAGUCCUAAUUAUAGGGAGAGGAAUAAUUGUUUUUAUCCAAUUGCUGCCAGUUAGAAGGCUAAGCUCCGCCCACUUGGUCUUCUAGCAACCCACUCAGCCCAGGAGACAGGCAGAGUUAGGCCUCACUUGGGCCUUUUCCACACUGCCUAUAAAAUACAGAUUAUCAGAUUUUAACUGGAUUACAGUAGGCUCAAGGCCCUUCUGCACAGCCAUAUAACCCAUUUAUAAUCUUAUAUUAUCUGCUUUGAAGUGGAUUAUCUGGACUCCACACUGACAUAUAAUCCACUUCAGUGUGCAUUUUAUACAGCUGUGUAGAAGGGGCCUCAUAUAAUCCAGUUCUAAGCAGAUAAUCCAGAACCUUGGAUAGGCGAGUGUUGGAUAAGUGAGACUACUGUAGCCCCAGUGGAAGGCCAUGAGAGUGUACGCAAGAUGAAAAAGGUUGUUUUAUUGCGGGGAAAACAUUUAAGCAGCCAAAGGAUUUCAUGGCUGGAAUCACAGGGUGGUUGUGUGUUUUCCGGGCUGUAUGGCCAUGUUCCAGAAGCAUUCUCUCCUGACGUUUCACCCACAUCUACAACUUGCCUAGUUUCCAACGGACUUCUUGAAGAUGCCUGCCAUAGAUGUGAGCUAACUUCAGUCCGUGAGAUCAUUUGAUACGAUCCAAGUGAAUAAUUUGAUACAAUAAUUUGAUACGGUCCAAGUGAGUACAACAUCAGGUUGAGAUUUCCAGACUAUAUGACCGUGUUCCAGAAGCAUUCUCUCCUGAUGUUUCGCCCACAUCUACAACUUGCCUAGUUUACAACGGACCUCUUGAAGAUGCCUGCCAUAGAUGUGGGCUAACUUCAGUCCAUUUAAUACGAUCCAAGCGAAUAAGUGAGUACAACAUUAGGUUGAGAUUUCCGGACUCUAUGACCAUGUUCCAGAAGCAUUCUCUCCUGACGUUUCGCCCACAUCUACAACUUGCCUAGUUUCCAACAGACCUCUUGAAGAUGCCUGCCAUAGAUGUGGGCUAACUUCAGUCCAUUUAAUACGAUCCAAGCGAAUAAGUGAGUACAACAUUAGGUUGAGAUUUCCGGACUCUAUGACCAUGUUCCAGAAGCAUUCUCUCCUGACGUUUCGCCCACAUCUACAACUUGCCUAGUUUCCAACAGACCUCUUGAAGAUGCCUGCCAUAGAUGUGGGCUAACUUCAGUCCAUUUAAUACGAUCCAAGCGAAUAAGUGAGUACAACAUCAGGCUGAGAUUUCCGGACUAUAUGACCAUGUUCCAGAAGCAUUCUCUCCUGACGUUUCGCCCACAUCUACAACUUGCCUAGUUUCCAACAGAUCUCUUGAAGAUGCCUGCCAUAGAUGUGGGCUAACUUCAGUCCAUUUAAUACGAUCCAAGCGAAUAAGUGAGUACAACAUCAGGCUGAGAUUUCCGGACUAUAUGACCAUGUUCUAGAAGCAUUCUCUCCUGACAUUUCACCCACAUCUAUGGCAGGUCUGUUGGAAACUAGGCAAGUUGUAGAUGUGGGCGAAACGUCAGGAAACGUCUAGAACAUGGUCAUAUAGCCCGAAAAACUCACAGCAACCCAACUGAGCAGCCAUCAUUUGAACAUCUUGAGAUGUUUCUCCAGGGCUUCAUUAAGGGCUCUCCAGUUUUGACACGUUUUUUUUGGAUGGCCAAAGGCUAUUCUUCCCAUCUUGGAGCAGAGUUGGGGAACAUAUGGGUCUUCAGAUAGCAUUGGAUUGCAAGUCCUAUCAGUCCCAGCCAGCAUGACCCAUGGAAGUUGUAGUUAAGUCACCCCUAAAGAGACACACCAAACUUUCCUUGUGGUCGAAUAUGCCGGGAACGGUUGUAUCUGAAUUGCGCCAGGAGUGUUGCAUAAUAGCGAAAAGGGAUCCCUGCGCCUAAGUGUUCGUAACUGUUUUUUCUCGUAGUGAUUGUAAAGGAGUGAAUCGGCACUGUGUGGCUGUUAAAUCUUUUUGGUGUUGUACAAAUAAAUAAAAGUGAAGCGCAGCUGUUUGUUCAAGGGUCUCUUUCGCCACAAUUUCAACUUGUGUCUGUAAAAUGAAGUCUGUAAUGCGGUGAAAAAUGGACAUUUACUUUUGUUUUUUUGCUUUUCAGAUGUAUUGUAAACUUUGUACAGUAAAUAUAUAAAUAUAAAUAUAUAUAUAUAUAAAUAUAUUUUCUAUCAACGGGGUUUGUCUUCCGGAACGGCUAUUAAUUAAUUUAAUUUAAAAAUGGUUAGUAUUAACAAAGAGCGCUCUGCGUUAGUUCAUGCAUCUGUUUAAAAAUAAAACGGGAAAAGGAGAGAAAGUGCAUUCGAUGCUCAUUGACAUUCUGAAUAUCUUGGAGUUCUUCGAUGUGAAUAAAACUUUGCUCUGGAUGAACCAAA